AUGCCUCCCCACUUACCCGCCCAAAGCAACCAAGCACUGCAUGCAGGGGGACACGCACACGGACACGGGGCGUCCCUAACAGGCCUUGCCCCUGCUGCAGACCGCAUGGGUGGCAGCGAGGGGGGAAACCUGGGAGGAGCCUGGGCUGGGGGCAACGAGGGAGGGAGUCUGGGAGGCGGUCGGUUUGGGGGCAGUGAGGGGGGCAGUGAGGGGGGAGACUUGAGGCUGCCUGGCGGGCAGGCAGCAGAAGGAAUAGGGAUGGCUGCAGGGGUUUCUGUGUCGGCAGGUGCUUCUGGGGCGCGUCUGUCUGGUGCUGGUGGUCCUAGAGCAGCAGCAGCGGCAGCAGCAGCGGCAGCAGCGGCAGCAGCAGCAGCGGCGGCAGCAGCAGCAGCAGCACAAGCACGAGCUGAAGCCCCUGAUCCAAAGGACCGGUUGGGAGGGGACAUGGAAGCCUCUCACAUCAGACCUUUCACUCUCCCUCCUACCCCGUCUCCUCCUGCUGCUCCUUCUGCUUCUCUCGCUCGGCCAAACGCGUCAGCAGCAGCAGAGAUGGGAUCUGCGGGAGGAGCAGAGGAGGGGGGCGGGGCGCAGGGGGAACUGGGCCCAGAGGCGGGGGGAGGGGGAACAAGGGGGAGGGAGGAGAGGGCGGAGGGCGAGGGGGGAGGGGGGCAAGGGGCGGUAGGGGAGAGGGGGGAAGAGGAGGGGCUGGGCAGGUUGGGGCAGGCGAAAAAGUCAAGGGACGUACGGCAAAGUCUAUUGUUACUCAAGUCCUCUGUAACUGUUCCCCCCCUCACUCGUCUCCAGGCCAAAGCAGCAGCGGCAGCGGCAGCCACAGCAGCAGCAGCCGCUGCUACAGCAUCUGCCCCCACGGCAGCAGGUCCUCACCCCCCGGCAGGCCGGCCAAAAGCCGGCCCAGGAGCAGCAACUGGGGCGGCAGGGGGGCCAGGGGGAGCAGGAGGGGCAGCAGGGGCGCCUGGGCCUGGCGGCAGGCCGACUGCUCCUGUGUCAAUGUCAGCGCAGGAGGCAGAGGUAGCAGAGGCGCUCUUUGACUUUGCCAACCUCCUCGCGUUUGGAUCAAAUGAAGCUGAAGAGGAAGGGGCUGAUGGCUCUGCCGCUGCUGCUGCUGCUGAUGGCGCUGCUGCUGCUGCUGCAACUGCUGCUGCGGCGGCUGCAGCGUCUGUGGCGGCGGAGGCUGGUAAUGCUGCUGCUGCCAAUGGGGUGGCUGUAGAGGGUGUGGGUGCACAGCAAGCGGGUGUAGUUAGGAAGAGAGGGGAAGGUGCGGGGAAGAGAGAGGAGGGGGUGGGUGCAGCAGGGGGAGAAGGAGGGCGGAAGCAAGGAGGAGGGUCCAGGAAAGACGAGUCAAGGAAACGAGGGGCGAAGGCAGCAGCAGCAGGGCCUGAUGGUGCACCUCUCAAGAAGCGGAGAGGGGCAGCGGCAGCAGCAGCAGCAGCAGCGGCGGCAGGGGGUCAAGCGGGGGGUGAACACUCUGCUAAAGGACCUGCAGUGGCCGCAGCACAGACCGUACCAGCAGGUGCAGCUGCAGCAGCAGGAGCGGGGGCAGCGGGAGGAGGGGGAGGAGCAGCAGGUGGGAAAGUAGGCAGUGCCCCUUCCACCCCACCGGAGGGAUCAGGUCCUAUGGGGCCAGUGCUUUCCCUCCCACCCACCCACGCUCCCACCAGCAGAGACUCGCAGGGACCCUUUUCCGCUGCUGUUGCUGCUGCAGCAGCAGCAGGUGGUGCUGGUGGCCCUUCAGGUGUAAACGCAGGUGCAGGAUCAACGAGUCUUCUGGGCACCCCCCUUGCCUCGCCUCGCGUUGUCCUUCCUUCUCCGCCUCUAGGGUUCCCCAUUGCAGCAGCGUCUGGGGCGGGGAUGGGGAUGGGCGCGGGGGGGCAGGGCGCAGGGGCGGCGGCUGAUGUGUCUCGGCUGCUUGUGUGUGGGGGGAAUGAGGCGGAUGGGCGGGGGCAAUAUGUGGGAGGGGCGGGGGGAGCAGGGGAGGGGGUUGUGGGGGCGGGAGGUGGGGGGAGGUCGGCAGGGGGAGGGGGGAUUGCGGCAGGAGUGGGGCCAGGGAUGUAUGCUGAUUUGCGCCAAUCAAGAAUUGGUCUGCCUCCACUGUUGCCCUCCGCGCCCCGGCUGCCGCCCUGGCUGCUGCAGCAGGGCCCCUACACUCGCCCCCUUCGCCCCCUUCGCCCCUCCCUCUGUCUCACAAUACACUCACAAUAUAACACCCCUGUCUCCGCCACCUCCCUCCCCGCCCCAUCUCCUACAGACGGCAGCACCAGGCAGACCAAGCAUGGCCCAGCCUCCUCUGCUGCCCUCCGCGCCCCUGCUGCCGCCGCCCUGGCUGCUGCUGCAGGCCCCUUACACUCCCCCUCCGCCCCUCCUGUGCCAGGCAUUGCAGGGGCGGUGGGUAGCGGUGGGGGUGCAGCCACUGCAGGUGCUACCGGGGGAGGUGCAUCUGGAACAGGCACUGCUGGUCUUCUCAGUAUCGCCCCUAGGGCUCUUGCUCCCAGGCCGAUCGCCCCUCUAACAGGCCAGCCAAACGCAGGGGCAAUGGCAGGAGGGGUUGGGGUUUCUCCCUUGACAAUGCCCAACCCUGCUGCGGUUCUUCCCCCCCAAGCGGCUGGUUUUGGUUCCAUGCGCCAGAAUCGGAUGCUGCUUCCUGUUCCCACGUUAAGCGCUGCUGCAGCUGCUGCUGCCGGACCUGGCACCGGACCUGGUGCCGGACCUGGUGGUGCUGCUGGUGGUGGUGCAGAUUCAGGAGCAGGAGUAGGAGGAGCAGCAGCAGCAGCAGGAGGGGUAGUUGGAGCAGGGGUGGUGGGGGUAGGGAAGGACCAACGCCAAACGGGUAGGCCACCACUAACUUUAGAAAAUCUUCUCGGUAGUGCCAGCUCAGCACGAGGUGGCGCGCACGCCACUGCAGCCCGCCCUGCCACGUCACCAGUGGCGCUCCUCCGAGGCGCCGCCGUGCCAGGUCCGGUCGCCGGCUUGCCAGGCUCGGCGGCAGGUCUGGCUGGCGCCGCGGCAGCCACCCCUGGAGCCACUGCAAGUCCCCUGCUACCCACAGGAGCAGCAGCAGCAGCAGCAGCAGCAGCAGCAGCGGGUGGGGUUCCAGCUUUUCACAACUCUGUCCCCGCCUAUUCUCUGCACGCUGGUGGAAACCCAUCCUUCUCCCCAAAUUCCCAUUUGCUCACUGCUUCCCAUGCUGCCUCUGCUACUCACGCCACCGCCAUUGCCCAAGCCACCGCCGCUGCCCAUGCCACUGCCGGUUCCCAUGCCACCUCCACUCCCCCCCCGCGGCUGUUUGCUUCCCCACUCACUGCUGCAGCGCUGGCACCAGGGGGGCAGGGAGCGGAGAAGGGGGGGAAGGGCGCGGGAGAUGGGGCAAAGGGGCCUGGUGGUGUGGUGGGCCAGGGAGGAGAGGGAGGAGUGGACCAGCAGACGAGGCUUCGCAUGGGGCCGCCUUCAGCCACGGCCACCACUACAGACAGCAAGGACCAGUGGCCGCAUCAGCAGCAGCAGUCACUGCGCUCCAACAAGCUUGAGCUUGACCUCAUGUCCCCACCUGGCAACGGUCUCUCACUGCUGGUUCCGAGUUCAGAGCGGUUGGGAGCGGUGGACGAGGAGGAGACAGCGGAAGGGGAGAGCAAGGCGCAUGUGCCGCGUGGCAUGCCGCCACCAGCAGCAGGCGUUACACACAAGCACAUGGGAGGGGGGUUGGCAGGAGGGAUAGGAGGACGAGGAGGCGGAUUAGGAGUAGGGUUAGGAGGCGAAACUCCCAAGGAAGGGGUGGGAGGGAGGGCGGAGGGGGAGCUUAAUAUGGAAGCUAGGCUUAGAAAAACUCCUUCCUUUAAUAAAGGCGAGGAGGCUGUAGGAUCUAGAAAGGGGUUCGAUCUGAUGCUGCUGAAUGCAGAGGCAGAGAGAGGCAGGGAGAAGGAGAAGGAGACAAGGGAAAGGGACGGGCGGAAGGAGGCGGGGCGGGGGAAGGGGAGGGAGAAGGAGGAGAAGGACAAGGGGAGGGCGGAGAAGGGGAGGGAGAGGGGGAGAGGAGGGAGGGAGCAGGAGGUGCAGAGUAGGAUGGAAGAUGGGAAGGAGGAGAGGAAAGACGGGGGACUGCUGCAGAGAUCUGGCAGUCAAAGAGGGGCGACAGCGAGGGGGGCGAAAGGAGACGCUAAGGGUGGGUCCAGGGAUCGAACUGCUGGUUCGUCACCUGUGGUGGGGCCUAUGUCCCCAGGAGCAGUAGGGUUGGGAGGUACAGGUUUAGGGGUGGCAGGAGCGGCAGCAGGAAGCAUGGUGGUUGGAGCAGCAGGGGCGGCUUUGAGCCAGUCUGCUCCAGAAGCAGCAGCAGCUGCUGCUGCAGCCGCAGCAGGAGGAGCAGGAACAGGAGGAGGAGCAGCAGGGGCAGCACCAGGCAUCCAGCACCCCCCAGGGGCGCCCUCCCGCGCUGGAGCCCCCCCAGUGCCCAUAAUGCCCGCGGGUUUCCCCCCUCCGCCCGCCCACCUUGCCCCCAUGCACCACACUCCCCCCGGCAUGCCCCACAACCCCCCUGGGAUGCCCCCGUCUGGGGCACCUCCUCACGGAGCGGCAGCAGCAGCAGCAGCCGCAGCGGCAGCAGCAGCGGCAGCUGCUGCGUCCAUGCCUUUGCCGCUAGGGUUGGGAGGGUGGCCGAUCCCUGGGAUUGGGUUUUUCCCUCAGGCUGCUGCUGCGGCAGCGGCGGCUGCAGCUGCUGCUGGGUGGCCUCCUCCCUCUGCUGGAGGCCCCUCCUCGCUCCCCUCCUCUCUCCCCUCCUCUCUCGCCUCGUCUCUUCCCUCGUCGCUUCCCUCGUCUCUCCCCUCUUCCCUCCCCGCUUCUCUGUCGCACACAGGGCCGUCACUGCUCCAGCAUGCUGGAGUGGCGUCACUGGCACAUGCAGGGAGGGACGAUGGGGUCUCCUCUCCUGCUCCUCCUGGCCAUCCGUCACAGCACACUCUGCCGCAACCGCCCCCAGGCUUACUCCCUCUGCCUUCGCAGCAGCAGCAGCAACUGCACGGCAGACGGCCGUGGAAACGUUGUGCCCUGCACGUCUACAUCGCCCACUUUAUAGAGUUCAAUCGGCAUGUAGCACGCCAGCAGCACCAGCAGCAGCAACAACAGCAGCAGCAGCAGCAACAACAGCAGCAGCAGCAACAGCAGCAGCAGCAUCACCACCACCCGUUCUACCCCCCCCAUUUCAGCAAUUAUGCGGCAGCAGCGGCGGCCGCAGCGGCAGCUGCGGUAGCAGCUUCAAAGCAGCAACCCCCAUAUGGGAUGACCAUGCAGGGGCAUAUGCCUGGUGCGCCUCCCUUUGGUUUGCAAGCAGGUGGGGCAGCAGGCGGAGCAGCAAGUGCAGCAGCAGCAGCAGGUGCAGCGGCUGCAGCAGCAGCAGCAGCAGCGGGGGCGGCAGGCGGGGCAGCAGGCACAGGUGCUCCGGUUCAGAGCGGUGCUGUUGGGGGGCCGUCCACCCACCUGAGAAUACCUGGGAUUUUCCCUGCAGGAGUGGCUCAGACAGGGGCGACGCAGACAGGGGCGGUGCAGACAGGGGCGACACAGGCAGGAGCGGUGCAGACAGGGGCAGCACAGGCAGGGGUAGGGCAAGGGGUAGGGCAAGGGGUAGGGCAAGGGGUAGGGCAAGGGGUAGGGCAAGGGGUAGGGCAAGUGGUAGGGCAAGGGGUAGGGCAAGGGGUUGGGCAAGGGGUAGGGCAAGGGGUAGGGCAAGGGGUAGGGCAAGGGGUUGGGCAAGGGGUAGGGCAAGGGGUUGGGCAAGGGGUAGGGCAAGGGGUUGGGCAAGGGGUUGGGCAAGCAAGCGCAGGGCAGGCGGGAAUGGGACAGGCAGGGGCAGUGGCACCAGGGUCUGCAGGGGUGGUGCCUGCAGGGGCGGCUCAAGCAGGGGCGGUGGCAGCAGGGGCGGUGGCAGCAGGGGCGGGGUCAGCAGGUGUUAUCCAGAGGACAGGAGGGCAGGGAUUGGGGAUGGGGCUACCAGGGGCCGUACUGUCAGGGAAUGUAGGGCAGCACAAGGGGAACACUCUUCCACCGCCACUGUUGUUGCCACAGCAGCAGCAGCAGCAGCAGCAGCAGCAGCAGCAGCAGCAGGGGCAGCAGCAGAAGGGGAAUUUCCUUCCGCGCUUGGCCACGCAGAAGAGAAUGCGAACGGAGAAGGAGCAGAUGCAGGGAGUAGCGACAGCAGUGCAGGCAGGCAAUGUGGGGGCAGGCAGUGGUGCCGGGGCAGGGAACACAAACGGGGCUGGUGCUGCUGUUGCUCCUGGUUUGAAGGCGCAAGGAGGGCAAAUGCAGCUGGGACAGGUGGUACCAGGGCAAAUGCUACCAGGACAGGUGCUUUCGAGGCAGGUACAGCCAGGACAGGUGCUAUCGGGGCAGGUGCAGUCAGGACAGGGACAACCAGGGCAGGUGCUACCAGGGCAGGUGGUACCAGGGCAGGUGCUACCAGGGCCGGUACCACUGGCCCAGGUGCAGCGGGGUCAGGUGCAAGCAGGACAGGUGGCAUCAGAGCAGGUGCAGCCGGGGCAGGUGCAGCCGGGGCAGGUGCAGCCGGGGCAGGUGCAGCUCCAGCCCGGGCAGGUGCCCCUGGGACAGGUGCAGGCAGGGAAGGUGCAGCCGGGGCAGGUGCCACCUGUAACAGCAGCACCUGUUGUGGCACCUCUUGGAGCAGCAGCAGCGUCUGUGGCACCAACACCACCAGCAGCAGCAGCAGCAGCAGCAGCAGCAGCAGCAGCAGCAGCAGCAGCAGCAGCAGCAGCAGCAGCAGCAGCAGCAGCAGCAGCAACAGCAGCACUACCAGCAGUGGUACCAGCAGCAGCACCAGCAGCAGCACCAGCAGCACUACCAGCAGCAGCAACAGCAGCACUACCAGCAGUGGUACCAGCAGCAGCACCAGUGUCAAAUCCUGUUGUACCAGUGCCUGUUCCACUAGAGGCACAGGGGCAGGCACAGGGGCAGGGGCAGGGGCCUGCUGGGAAGGUGGUAUCCGUGCCUGUUCUUCCAGGGCAGGUGCCACCUGGGCAGGUUCUUCCAGGGCAGGUACCACCUGGCAAGGAGCUGCCUUCCAUUACAGCCCCGGUUUCCACAAUAGCUCUAGGAAGCAAUGCAGCAACAGGGCAGCAACAGCAGCCGCAGCAGCAGCAGCAGCCGCAGCAGCAGCAGCAGCAGCAGCAGCAUGGGAAAGGUAUGCCUGCGCCUCCAGCACUCACGUGUGCUCUCAAGGGAACCGCUGUGCCUGUUCUCCCUGCACAGACGUCUGCUGCUAAGAUUCCUCCUGUGCUUGUUCCCUCAGCAGAGGCGUCUGCUGUCAAGGUUGCUCCUGUUCUUGUUCCCUCUGCACACGAAUCCACUGCUAAGGCUGCUGCAGUGCUUGGGCCACCAGCGCACGAUUUUACUGCCAAAUUCUAG